AUGUUUGGUGAGCGUCCUGAACUCUGCCAGCUGCUGCUGUCUGUUCUCGGCGAGCUGCAGCUACAUGAACCCGCCUUCACCCAGUACGUGACCAAGAGGCACUGGACCAGUACACGGACAGCGUCAAGCAUUCGAGCUGACUCAACGAGAAAAGUGAGGCUCAACAAGUUUGUGCUGACGCUGGCCUUUUCAGGGACAAGUGGCAACUCAGGCAGAAAGAGCAGGUGA